AGAAUCCAUUUCCUGAAAACUGUUGCAACAUUCACAAAGAGAGAAACUAGCAGUUCCUUAAGACAGAGUCUGUGGCAUCAAGCUGCAAUCAACCAUGACUAUGAGGAGCUUGCUCUCUGACAACAGCCGCUACAUUGAAUCUUUUCAUGUGUUUCUGAAGAAUUCGACAGAGCACCAGUGCAUGCUGGAAUUCAUUCAGAAGACGUUGCCAGGCAUUAUAUCAAGUAUAGGUGAUGGGAAAUCUCCAUUAAAUGUUUUAAGUAUUGGUGGUGGUUCAGGAGAAAUAGAUCUACAAAUUCUCAAGCAAAUUCGGGCCACAUAUCCUACAGCUGCCAUUCAUAACGAAGUGAUAGAACCAAAUGGGGAACAAAUAAGGUGCUACCAAGAACAUGUGGCGAAGACAUCGGGUCUUGAGAACAUAACGUUUACUUGGCACCAGGAGACUUCGCUGGAGUAUGAAAGUCGAAUGAAGGCAAGCAAAGAGAUGAAGAAAUUGAACUUCAUCCACAUGAUCCAGAUGCUGUAUUAUGUGAAAGACGUUCCAGCAACCAUUGGAUUCUUUCACAGCCUUUUAGAACCUGGUGCCAAAAUCCUCAUUAUGAUUCUUUCAGGAAACAGUGGCUGGGCCAGGCUUUGGAAGAAAUAUGGUCCACGUUUACGUCUGAAUGCUCUUUGCUUGUUCAUUUUAGCUCCUGACAUAGAAGAGAUUCUGAACGAGGCAGGACUGAAGUACCAGUCCUAUGAGCUUCCAUCACAUAUGGACAUAACUGAUUGUUUUACUGAGGGAAACAAAAAUGGGGAGCUGUUGCUUGAUUUUUUGACCGAAACUUGUAACUUUAGUAAAACUGCCCCUCUUGACCUAAAAGCUGAAAUUGUUGAGGACCUUAAAAAGCCUGAAUACAGUGAAAUGAGAGGAGACAGGUAUUUUUUUAACAACACACUGACUGCAAUUGUGAUCCAAUCCUAGGAGAUAUUGGAGACAGCCGGGGAGGGGGGGAAUGAAUUUUUGAAUCAUAUAUUAAAUAUCUGAAUUGUUAAGUACCUGAGAUUCAGGACAAAUGUACAUCCUCAAGUUAUAACUAGUAGUGACUGCUGUUUUGAGUGCUGAACAUUAUUGUUAUGUAUACCUAAUACUACAUGCUAAUAGAGUAAAGCACACCUGGCUGAGUUGCAUAUCAUUA